AUCACUGAUAGAUAGCCCGCCUACCUUCAGUCCACAUCCACAUCCCGCCAGCCCUCGCCGGCGACGUCACCCUUUCCUUCUGUUCUCUCCUUCGUUAGAUGCUGUUCCAAUGCGUCAGGCCUCCUUUUCUGUCCUGAGCCUGCUGCUGCUCUGUCCCUCACUGCUCACUGCCGCCCCGCACGACAAUGCGCGCUUCUUCCCCCAUGACGCUGCCUCCAACCACAACCACUCGCCGCGGCCCUGGCGGAUACUGUCCGAUGCUGUAAUAAGGAGGAUAUGGGGACUGCCCGAAGCCCAAAAGAGAGUGGGAAGUGAUGGCGAGAAGAAUGCGCCAGACAAUGCGCCAGGAGACGAGCUCGUGGCACGAUAUGGCGACGACGUGGUAUUGAGGUUUACAAUUCGCACAGAGGACGAGGCAUCCGCACUGGCAGAGGCAGCCGACAUCCUCUUCCUCGACGUCUGGGAGUUCAACCAAGACUGGUGCGACAUCAGGAUAGCAAAGGACGUCGUGCCUUCCCUCCUCGGCCUCCUCCCUCCUUCGCUCCAAACAUCCCACGAACCCCUAAUGCAAGACCUCGACCUCGCCCAAGCCAUCUUCGACUCGUACCCCUCGCCCUCUGUAACACAAUCACACCAAAGCGACCGCUUCUCUCCACAACUCACAACAUCUCCCCGCGUCAAGGGCCACCCCUUCUUCCAGGACUACCAGCCACUGUCUGUCAUUAGCCCAUGGAUGCAUUUGAUGUCCUCCAUGUUCACCACGCACGUCCGCCGCAUCAUUGUCGGCAUAAGUUACGAAGGGCGCGACAUCCCCGCUCUGCGUGUCGGCGUGCACCCCACCAACAACGACGAGCCCUCAAAACCGAGGAAGACGGUCAUCAUCACGGGCGGUUCCCAUGCGCGCGAGUGGAUAUCAACAAGCACAGUAAACUACCUCGCCUGGUCUCUCAUCAACGCAUACGGAAAGGACCACUCUGUCACCCGCCUCCUCGAAGCCUUCGACUUCGUCUUUGUGCCUACACUCAACCCUGAUGGUUAUGUCUACUCGUGGGAAACAGACAGACUCUGGAGAAAGAACAGGCAACCCACCAGCCUCCGCUUCUGUCGCGGCCUUGAUCUCGACCGCAGCUACCCCUUCAAAUGGGACGGCGACAUCACCCGCACGAAUCCGUGCUCCGAAUCCUUCGCUGGCGACGCACCCUUUGAUGGCGUCGAAGCCCAGAGAUUUGCAGCCUGGGCGAAGAACGAGACGGAAAACAACAACGUCGAAAUUGUAGGAUUCCUAGACCUCCACUCCUACUCGCAACAAAUUCUCUAUCCAUUUUCAUACUCCUGCGAAGACGAACCCCCCUCGAUCGAAGACCUGGAAGAGCUCGCCCUCGGCCUCGCAAAAGCAAUUCGCGUCUCGCGCAAAGGACACGCAUACAAAGUCACGAGCGCAUGCGAAGGCAACGUUGCUUUAUCAACAAUCAACAAUAACAAGAAGAAGAUCAUUCUCCCGCGCAUCGAAAGUGGCGGCGGCAGCGCGCUGGAUUGGUUCUACCAUGAGCUCAGAGUCAGGUACUCGUACCAGGUUAAACUACGCGACACGGGGUCGUACGGGUUUCUCUUACCAAAGGAGAAUAUCGUGCCCACGGGCGAGGAGAUGCUCGAUGCGGUGCUUUACUUUGGCCGCUUUAUGCUCGGUGAGCCUGUUGAGGCUGAGUCUAUAGAGUUGUAA